UCUUCUACGGUUAUCUUUCCGCUAUAGUCUUCAGCUAUGUGUAGGGUUAGCCAACCAACAGCUUACAAAACAGAAUUUUAAUAAUUUCUUUUUAACUUUGUUAGUCAACAGUAUAUUUGUUAGUAUUUGUGUUUCAAACAAGACGAUUGUUUUGUUUACCAGAAGUGAUUUCAGCUCAAAGUUUGUCUUGCAGUUUCAUUCCAAGCGCUGUUUUUUUGGGUCUCACGGAUAUGGGAAAUAACUCUACGCAACAUUGUGCUUUUUAUGGUGUGGCUACUUUUAAAUCGGUUUUGUUUUUAAAACUUGGUGCAACUUUCGUAUGGCCGGCUAAGCUCAAAUAAUUUAAGGUCUUGUAGUGACAUGGAGUAGAUACUUUACCCUCAGAGGAAGACUUAGGAGUACAGAAAAUAAAGUCAGUUUUUAUGAGAAGUGAUUCACCUUUGGAGAUUUACAUAUUAUAGGAUUCGAACCAUGCCUUUAGCGACAUGCCAGAAGAAGCGAGUCCCUUUUUCCAGCUACCACGGCAGGAACAUCAAACUCCUGCAAGAUGGCGGCGUCACCGGGGAGUAUCGCAGGGCCCACGGGCAGUUUAUCCUUGACGACUGUCUCGUCCCGGGGCAGAGCUUCAGCUUAGAGUUUCACUACAAAGGUAUCAUCAAGAUCGGAGCGUUCCCCACCAAAGAGGCGGCACUCAGUUGGCUGGAGUCUAAACAACCCAUGUCCAGAGGCUGUAUUAGGGUCAGGACGUGUCAGGCCGUCCGGUACAACGUUAGACGGCCAUCCAGAGCUCAGGAGAUAAUUCUAAGCUCCGAGUGGUCAAAUGAGCCUGAGAAACUUUAUGGUUCUAUUCUGGCUUUCGACAUUGAAUACGGAAAUCUCACAGUGUCCAUUUUCGACUAUAAUCCAUCCGGCAGAUCCUGUAAAUUUGAUGCAGAUCGUCACAGCCAACACAUCAUCGUCACCAACGCCCUCCGGAUGUCCAGCGCCGUGUUGAAGCACUACAACCCCACCUCUUUGUGCACCCCCGACAAAAGCCACCUCACGCCCAACCACCUCUACAAGGUCGUAGCCCGCGGCCCACCAAGACCCACCUCCACCGGAAGCUACGUCAGGGUCUGCGUUGCCAAGCGACCAGAGAAUAUCUACAUCAACGGCGCGGACGACCGGUACUGUGUGGGUACGGAGGACUGUCCUGUUUUCUGUGGCCGACGUAUCAUGCUCAACCCCAACAGUGAGCAGUGUUUGAUGCUCAAGGUCGAGGCCAAUGGGAUAGUUGUAGAAAGAAACUCGCGUUGCAUUGACCGAAUUGACGUCCAGAUUACCGAGGAAUGUGGUUUGUGGUUUGAAUUACACCGUGGUUCUCUCCACAUGUGGAGAUGCAGAGCCGUGGAAAUAGCAGACGCAGUACUGGAGGAUGAGCCACCAAACUACCCCGCCCCUCCCAUCCCCAGGAGAAGACAACCCUGCAUGUGCCAGAGACCGGAAGUCGACGAGCCACCCACCUAUAAAAGACAUCCUGCUUUUUCGCAGCCCUCCAGCUGUUCCGACGAGCAUGACGUCACACCGUACAGCAUCCAGCGUUUUGACGUCAACAUGGGGUCUUUAUCUUUCGACGACACCAACUCCGACGAGGACGACACACGCGAACAGACGCAGAUGAAGUACGAAUUCCAACCGGCAACGGACGACAACUCUUCAGACGAUCUCUAUUGCGAUGGGUUCGAUUAUCCCCCAGGGUACAAUAGUUUUUGCCAGACGGAAAUCUCCGCAGCGUACAAGAAAAAACUACGACAUCAACAAACGGACAUGAACGCGUCUUCGUCUUCUCUUUCAACGACUUCCGGUGUCAGAGAGAAGCCUGAAAUUCCACCGCGGCACACUGUUGGGAUGUUGUACACCAACUCACAAAACGACGGCGCCUGUUCUGCGACUACGGAGACUCAGAACUACAACAACCAGGCGCCUCCGCCGGUGCCCGAACGCCUAGGAAAGUACUCGGUAUCUUCUAAACCACGAGUGUUACCCAGAUCUACUAACACCUCCUCCAAACCAUCGUAUACCGCAACAUCAUCACCACAGCCACCAGCAUCACAACCACCACCACCACAUUUAUCAAGCAGACCCUUCAGGAACCAACAACCUGAAUUAACGAGAAGCAACUUAAACAUCCGUGAAGAAACAAAUUCCUUAAAAUCAAAACAGGAACUUUCAAAUUCCGGAAUAGCGUACAGAACGGACACUGAGGAACAAUUGACGGAUGAAAAAAUCGUCCAGUGUUAUAAAUGGCUGAAAAGUAUUGAGCCUUUCUGUUCGGAUUCGGACGAGGAAACUUUCAUAGAACUCUCUCCAGAUGACGGGAAUAGCGUGACCCCUCUCCAAAGCGAGGCGAGCGCGAGUAGGACCGACAUUCCCAAACGAGAGAUCGUGAACAGUGGCUACAGCACUGAGGGCAGCAGUUUUUGGCUCUCCUAUGACAGCCGACAUUCAGACGCGCCCAGCAUGCAACACCAAAUCCGAGUUCAAAGCCCACUUCCGGCAGAAAAAAAACAUCCGUCCUUGAACUCAACUCCGGAUGUGACGUCAUAUCCUGCUUCCGGUACUUCGUUUUAUUCCGCGUCUUCCAGAACGGGAACAGAAACCACAAUGCCAGCAAGCAUGCCCUCGAGUAUGCCCUCGUCUAUGAUCUCAAGCUAUACCGCCAACGCCAAUAGAGCCACUGAAACGGAAGUCAAAUUCCCAGACUACAGCCUGGGUGAGCAGACGUACGCCAAAAACAUCGACGACUCUUCCUACUCGACCAGCCCCUUCACGGACAUGUCCGUUGACGACGACAGCUGUUCCAAACAACACUCCAGCGGCGGGUUCGAAACCAGCGACCACGGCGGCGACGCCAUGAUUGUCAACGACCUCAGCACGCUUAACAGCGACUACGAAAGCUUCGAGUCAACCAGCAAGGACGGCCGGUUAAACGUGAACGAGUUGAGCAAAACUUCCAUCGAUUUCUCCAUGGUGGAGAUGCGGAACAAAUCGGCGAAUUGGACGAGGAACAUCGUCGACAGCUGCACUGUCAACGAGCGUAGUGUCUCCCAGUGCACGCUGAUCGCUGUGGUGGACAACGGGCCGGUGGUCAACUUACCGAUGACCGACGCCGUCUUCUUCAACAAAACCGGCGUUUUCGAGCGCUCCGAUACGUUCAAGAGAAACAUGAACAACGUCACACCCCCUAACAACCGGAAACAGUUAAAAUCUCCCUGCGUUCCUUGA